AUGCUGGAUACCUACAGGAACCUCAUGGAUACAGGCUACAUUUGGGAAGACAAUAAUGCUGAAGAACCUGAUCAAAUAUCUACACAACAUGGAAGGUAUGAAAACAUUCAUACUGAAGAAGAAUCCUCUCAGCAUAUUAAGUGUGGUAAAACCUUUGAACAUCACAGUUAUCUACGAAUACAGGAUAGAAUACAUACUGGGGAGAAAAAUUUUGGAUACACUCACUGUGGUAAAAACUUUGCAAAUCACAGUUAUCUCCAACCACAUGAAAGAAGACAUACUGGAGUGAAACCUUACAAAUGUAAUCAAUGUGAUAAAGUCUUUGCACAACAGAGUUAUCUCCGAGUACAUGAAAGAACACAUUCUGGAGAGAAACCUUAUGAAUGUACUCAGUGUGGUAAAGGCUUUGCAAUGCACAGUUAUCUCCAAAUACAUAAAAGAACACAUACUGGAGAGAAGCCCUACAAAUGCAAUCAGUGUGGUAAAGCCUUUACACAGCAGAGUAAUCUCCGAGUACAUGAACAAUUACAUACUGGAGAGAAACCAUACAAAUGUAAUCAAUGUGGAAAAGCCUAUGCACAGCACAGUACUCUUCAAUACCAUAAACGAACACAUUCUGGAGAGAAACCUUAUGAAUGUACUCAGUGUGGUAAAAGCUUUGCAAAGCACAGUUAUCUUCAACUACAUAAGACAACACAUACUGGAGAGAAGCCCUACAAAUGCAAUCAAUGUGAUAAAUUCUAUAUACAACAGUGUAGUCUCCGAGUACACCAAAGAACACAUUCUGGAGAGAAACCUUAUGAAUGCAAUCAAUGUGGUAAAACCUUUACAUAUGGCCAUAAUCUCCAAACUCAUGAACGAACACACACUGGAGUGAAACCAUACAAAUGUAAGCAAUGUGAUAAAGCCUUUACACAACAGAGUAAUCUCCGGGUACAUGAAAGAUUACAUACCGGAGAGAAACCUUACAAAUGUAAUCAUUGUGGUAAAGCCUAUGCACAUCACAGUAAUCUUCAAUACCACAAAAGAACACAUUCUGGAGAGAAACCGUAUGAAUGCCAUCAAUGUGGUAAAACCUUUACACAACAGAGUAGUCUUCGAGUACAUGAGAGAAUACAUACUGGAGAGAAACCUUAUGAAUGCAAUCAGUGUGAUAAAGCCUUUGCACGUAAUGAUAGUUUUCAGCAGCAUAAAAGAACACAUACUGGAAAGAAACCCUACAAAUAUAAUUAA